GAAUCGCUAGCAUUAUUUGUGUUAAGGCCAUGGCACACAAAAAAUUUAAGACAGUAAGACGUAAGGUAAUCAAUAUGUUGGAUUUGCUACUGCUUAUGUUAUGGCUUUACGGACUCUAUUGUGAUUGGUCAAUUCGCUUACGUCUUACCACUUAAGUUUUUUUGUGAGUCAUGGCUCUUAAUCUAUCCUUGUUUCACGUUUAAUAAACAACGAAGAUAAGAAUCUCAGAGUAGCGCUAAUAGCGUCUCUUCGAACUCACCAUAUGCGACACCAUGCCUUAUGCGUUAUGCAAGACUCUGUGAUUCCCGCUCAUAUUUUUACAUCUAUAGAUCAAUCAAACGCGUAUCUCAGUAGAUUACUUUUUGUUUUAAAAUAGUUGAGUCUUUUUCUCGUUGAGCAUAACAGAAACAGGAUAUUGACAAGACGGUUCGUUUGUAAGAUCGUUUUUCAAGAAGAUAAAUUUCGUUAUGGCUUUCAGAUUGACUCAGUGGUUUAUAUCGUUUACUGUAUUUUUGAUCGUUCUGCUAGUUAUCGUUUGGUCCGCAGUACAUCUGGGCCAAAAAAAACAAAACGUCACAGAUAUUGUUUUGAUAUUUUUCAAAGCGAAUGAUUAUCCACGCAAACUACUUUAUUCCACGGAAUUUGACUUGACAUCGCCAGUGGUAGAAACUACCGAUACGACAACCGAAGUUUUUUCGCCAAGGCUCCAUAAUACCAGAUCUGCCAAAGACGGUUAUACCUUGGUGUCCAAUGGAAGUGACGUGGCAGAAAGAAGCAAUAACUCCGAUUACACUCCCCAAAUGCAGCCCUUGUAAUACCUAUUCUAAUAAUACAUGGGUUGCCAUCGUUACGUCUGGGAGCAAGGCGCUUGUUAUGGAGAUGUGUCGAUGUGUAACAUGGACGUAUACAGUAUUUUUUGGGGGGGGGAGAAGGAAUAUUCAUUAAUUCUGUUACACACAUUUUUUGCGUCAAUCGCUUUUUUUUGGCUAUUUUAGAAUUUUCUUCUCGUUUCUGAUUUUGAAUGGGAAAGAUAUUACAUUUUGUAACUUUUAUUUUUUUCCCUGA